AGCGAUCUACAUCUCCAUCCCCCUGGUGACGUUUGUCUACGUCUUUGCCAACAUCGCCUACGUGACGGCCAUGAGCCCUCAGGAGCUUCUGGCCUCCAACGCCGUGGCUGUGACGUUCGGUGAGAAGCUGCUGGGGGUCAUGUCCUGGAUCAUGCCCAUCUCCGUGGCUCUGUCCACCUUCGGAGGAGUGAACGGCUCCCUCUUCACCUCCUCCAGGCUGUUCUUUGCAGGAGCAAGGGAAGGUCACCUGCCCAGUCUCCUGGCCAUGAUCCACAUCAAACGCUGCACUCCAAUCCCAGCUUUACUGUUUACAUGCGUCUCCACUCUUCUGAUGCUGGUCACCAGUGACAUGUACACGCUGAUUAACUACGUCGGCUUUAUUAAUUACCUUUUCUAUGGCGUCACUGUUGCCGGGCAGAUCGUCCUGCGCUGGAAGAAACCAGACAUUCCUCGGCCAAUCAAGGUGAGCCUGUUAAU